GGAGGCGGUGCGGAGCGGGACGGAGGAUGGCGGAGCCCCGCGUGCGGCUCCUACUGACUCUGGCGGCGCUCAGCUCAGCUACAGGCACCUCAGAGUCUGUCGUCAGGACGUUCACCCCUUUCUACUUCACUGCAGAACCAGCAGACACGCUUGCGAUUCGAGGCUCCUCGGUUAUACUGAACUGUUCAGUCUUCACUGAACCCUCUGUCAAAAUCGAAUGGAAAAAAGAUGGAACUUUCCUAAAUCUGGUGUCUGAUGAACGCCGUGAGGUGCUGCCGGAAGGCUCCUUGUUGAUACGAAAUGUGGUGCAUUCGAAGCACCACAAACCUGACGAGGGAUUUUAUCAGUGCGUUGCCACCAUUGAUAGUCUGGGAACCAUUCUCAGCAGAACAGCCAGGAUGACUGUGUCAGGUCUUCCUCGGUUCAGCAGUCAGCCCGAAGCGAUCUCCGUGCACCAGGGAGACAGCACCCUUCUGAACUGUGAAGUAAACGCCGACCUCGGUCCCUUUGUGAGGUGGGAGCAGAACCGCCAGCCCGUGGCGCUGGAAGGGAGGUUUCUGAAGCUGCCCAACGGAGCUCUGGAGAUCAGCAAUGUCUCAGACAGUGUGGCUGGAUCAUACCGUUGCGUUGUGGAGACCCCUGGUUCAUCCAAAAUCAGCGAGGAAGCACAGCUUGACGUUUUACCCGAUAUGGGCAUGGAGCGAAAGCUACUGUUUCUUCAACAUCCUGUCUCUGUGAACAAACUUACAGGUCAGACAGUAAUAUUACCAUGUGUUGUCUCUGGUUAUCCAACACCCACCAUUACUUGGACCAGGAAUGAGGAAAGCAUCACAGAAAGUGAUAGCUUCCAACGGAUGGCUUUCGUUGGUGGCGGGAGUCUGAGGAUCAAUGGUGUAACGGAAGAAGAUGGUGGAAUGUACAGUUGCAUUGCAAAAAGUGAAAAUGAAACCUUGGAGAUCCAGGCAGAACUGAACGUUCAAGUUCCUCCCCACUUUCUGAAGGGUCCAGACAACAUUUACGCUCGUGAGUCCAUGGACAUCGUCUUUGAGUGUGAGGUGACAGGAAAACCUACACCAACCGUGAAAUGGAUCAAGAAUGGAGACGUGGUGAUUCCGAGCGAUUAUUUUAAGAUUGUUAACGAACAGAAUCUGCAAGUGCUGGGCUUGGUGAAGUCGGACGAGGGUCUGUAUCAAUGUGUGGCAGAAAACGACGUGGGCAAUGUCCAGGCCAGUGCCCAGCUCAUCAUCCUGGAGCAUGACAUUCCCAUCCCAACAUUUGCCCCCGCCUCACUGACAAGUGCCACUACUGACCAUCCAGCAGCCGCCACGGCCGAACUCCUGUCCUCAGCCCCUCGCGAUGUGGUCGCUCUCCUCGUCUCCACACGUUUCAUCAAGCUGACCUGGCGUCCACCAGCCGAGCCCAAAGGAGAGAUCCUCAUGUACUCUGUGUACUACUCUCGGGAUGGCAUUAACAGGGAACGUGUGGAAAAUACCAGUGGACCUGGGAAUCUGGAGGUAACCAUCAAGGACCUUAUGCCAGAAGUGAAGUACGUCUUCCGAGUCAUCGCUCACAACAAGCAGGGUCCAGGAGAGAGCUCGGCCCCAUUCAAAGUGGCUACCCAGCCCGAAGUUCAAGUUCCAGGUCCAGCUCCCAACCUCCAGGCUCUGACCACUUCGCCCACCUCCAUCACCAUCACCUGGGAGGCACCGCUCUCCGGCAAUGGACCGGUUGUGAACUACAAGCUGUACUACAUGGAGAAAGGGGCAGUGAGCGAGCAGGAUGUGGACGUUGAAAACCUUUCCUACACCAUGAAUGGGCUGAAGAAGUUCACGGAGUACAGCUUCCGCGUGGUGGCUUACAACAAGCACGGGCCCGGCGUCUCCACCGAAGACAUCGUCACCAGAACCUAUUCUGAUGUGCCCAGUGCAGCUCCUCAGAAUAUCACAGUGGAAGUGCGCAAUUCCAAGAGCAUUGUGGUCCAUUGGCAGCCUCCCCCACCGGGCACCCAUAACGGAGUGAUCACAGGUUACAAUAUCCGCUACAAAAAGGGAGGUCGCCGUGGCGAGACCGACAGCACCGGAGGGAACCAGCUGUCACAAAUAAUAGAUGGAUUGGAGAGGAAUACAGAGUACAGUUUCCGAGUCUCUGCUAUUACAGUCAACGGCACCGGCCCCUCCUCUGAGUGGCUGUCAGCUGAAACGUUUGAGAGUGACCUGGAUGAAACCCGAGUCCCGGAUGUGCCCAGCUCUCUUCAUGUCCGACCUCUGACUAACAGCAUCGUGGUGAGCUGGACACCCCCCGAAAACCAGAACAUUAUUGUACGAGGUUAUGCGAUUGGCUAUGGCAUUGGCAGCCCCCAUGCAGAGACCAUCAGGGUGGAUUACAAGCAACGCUAUUACACCAUCGAACGGCUGGAGCCCAAUUCGCACUACGUGAUCACACUGAAGGCGUUCAACAAGGUUGGGGAAGGAAUCCCACUGUAUGAGAGCGCAGCCACCAGACCCCUAACUGACCCCUUUGAUCCUUCUAAGGUUUAUUUAUUUGAUCCAUACACUCCAGUACCAGACCCCAGCCCCAUGCUGCCACCGGUUGGAGUCCAGGCCACUGUGCUUAGCCACGACACUAUCCGGGUGACGUGGGCUGACAGCUCACUGCCCAAAAACCAGAAGAUCAUCGAUGCUCGCUUCUACACCGUACGCUGGAAAACCAACUACCCGGCCAACACCAAGUUCAAGACGGCGGACACCACAACGCUGAGCUAUAUUGUCUCGGGCCUGAAACCAAACGCGCUGUACGAGUUUUCAGUGCGAGUCACUAAGGGACGGAGGACGAGUACUUGGAGUAUGACCGCGCAUGGGACCACGUUCGAGACAGUCCCAACCUCUCCACCCAAAGACCUGACCGUGGUGAGUAAAGAGGGGAAGCCCAAGACCAUCAUCGUGAACUGGCAGCCACCCUCUGAGGCUAAUGGCAGAAUAACAGGCUACAUCAUCUACUACAGUACUGACAUCAGCGCUGAGAUCCAUGACUGGGUGGUGGAGCCAGUGGUUGGGGACCGGCUGACACACCAGAUCCAGGACCUGACUCUGGACACCACCUAUUACUUCAAAAUCCAGGCCCGUAACUCCAAGGGGAUGGGCCCUUUGUCAGACUUUGUGCAGUUCCGCACACCUAAACAGUAUGGAACGUCCGGGAAAUCAGGAAAUUCCUUUGUGAUCGAGUCUCCUCCGGACCCCAAGCAUUCCACCAGUGGUCGAAACAGCCCUCACGGCAGCCCCACAUCCAACCUGGACAGCAACAUGAUGCUGGUCAUUAUCGUUUCUGUGGGCGUCUUCACCAUCAUCAUCGUGGUCAUCAUCGCCGUCAUCUGCACACGACGGAUCAACACACAGCAAAAAAAGAAACAUGCAGCCUGCAAGUCAGCCAAUGGGUCUCACAAGUACAAAGGCAACUGCAAGGAUGUCAAACCCCCUGAUUUGUGGAUUCACCACGAACGGCUGGAGCUGAAACCUAUCGACAAGUCGCCAGAUCCCAACACGGUCAUGACGGACACUCCCAUUCCCCGCAAUUCCCAGGACAUUACUCCUGUGGAUGGUUCCAUGGAGAAGGAGCAGCACCAGAGAAGGAAUUCCUAUCUGGCGCACGACCUCGACGAGGGGUCUACACUGAGUGGACGCCGCGGGAUGCGACCAAAGAUGAUGAUGCCAUUUGAUGCACAGCCUCCACAACCUGUGAUUAGUGCUCAUCCCAUCCAUUCACUUGACAACCCUCAUCACCAUCACCACUCCGGCCUUUACUCCCCAACUCGCAGUUACCUUCAUCACCAGAUCAACAGCCGGCUGCUGGGCUCCUCUGUGCCGGUGGUAGACAGGGCUCCUCCUACAGAAUCUGUACGGAACACACCGAGCAGUGACAUGUCACCGGCUCCAAGCUCCCAGAUCCAUGCUGCAGAACACACGGAGCCUGACAUCCCACCCGUGUCCUACAUGCCGGCCUCCCAGGAGGAAGAAUCCAACCGAAAUGUUCCCACAGCUCACGUGCGCCCAUCCCAUGCACUGAAAAGCUUUGCAGUGCCUGCCAUCCCGCCUGCCAGCACCAGCACCACCUACGAAACUGCAUCAUCCAGUACCCCAUUAUUAUCCCAGCCAGGAGGAAACCCUCAGGUGCACUCGGUGAAGACAGCGUCAAUAGGAACUCUGGGGAGGAGCAGGUCACCCAUGCCAGUCACAGUGCCUAACGCACCUGACGUGGCAGAAUCUGCAAAGAUGCUGGAGGACUCUGAUAGUAAUUAUGGACCAGAUGAACUCACUGAAGAGAUGACUCACCUCAAAGGUUUAAUGAAGGAUCUGAAUACUAUUACCACAGCAUAAAGGAUCCAGCAUCAUGUGUUUCACACACUGAGACCUGAGCUGGUCGGCAAGGAAUAUGUACAAAAGACACCCAGGGGGUCAGAUGCAACAUAAUGUGAUGUGUAAAGUCUCGUGGAAACUGCCUUUGUCACGACUGUGGAUAUCAAACCAUCCAAUCAACGCCAUGGAAUCCGAGUCUCGGCUCUGAAAGACUUCUGCUUGUUUGGGAACCGCACAGGCGUACUGUUCAACAUUCAAUAUCGUCUAUCUAUUUACUGCAUUUUUACGUUUUCUGGUGUUACUUAUAAAAGAAUGUUGGAGUUUUACUUUCGUAUCCAGAUGUGAUAUUUGACUGCUUCAUUGUAGCUAGCGUGAGACGUACAUUCAACAAAUCACAGAGCCAUCUUGCUUUCUCUGCAUCACACAGUGAGUGCCAUGGCACAAACUUUACUCUGCAGCCCAAUAACCUGCCUGUAUUUGUUCAUCACUGUGAUCUCUUAGUAAACUUCAGAAUAUUCCUGUUUGGACGUGACAAGUCAGCUGUUAAAGCACAAUUAUGGAGGAGGAACGGCAAGAUCAGUAACUACCAGACGCUCAGCAUGACUCACUCACAUUGAGUUACACCAAUGUGUGCAGUAGUAGACAUUUUAUAUGAAGAAAAUUCUCUACAUGUUCUAUUGGAAAAUUGUUUAGCCAUAAGAAAACAAGUCAAACUGUAGAAUGGGUUCAGAUCACUGGACCCUCUUUGAACCCGGUAAAUGGGUUCUGAUUUUCAUCCCUUCUUUAAACCAUGUCGUGUUGGCUCCAAUUACUGGAACCGCUUCCCCUCUUCUCUCCUAACUUUGUUGUAAUUGCCUCUACCGUCUUGGUUUUACUUUGUUUGUGAAUAUUGCUUCUUAUGUACAUCUCCAUGAAUGUUAAUAUAACUGUUUUAAGGAAAUUUAUUGUAAUGAAUACAAUUGAACAAAGCUAUUGUGAAGAUUUAGAAAUCACCUCCAUUGUAGGCAGUGACAUCCGUUUUGCACUUUUUCACCUUUUACAAAGAACCAUUUUCUUAUGGCUUGUGUUAACUUCUUGUGUAUUUGUUGUGUCCUCGUUAGCAAAGCAGCUUUUUAUUCCCAGAAAGGUGAAGGUGCAAACUGUUUAUUAAUCCUGAUGUAGAAACAAUGCAAAUUGCUGUAGUUUAUAUACCGAGAACCUUGCUUGUAGCAUACUCUGUGGCUUUUUUUUUUAAACUUCAUGUUCUAAUGUAAUAUUGGAAUUCCAAUACAUUUUGUAUUCAACCAG